AUGGAGUCCCAGCCUACCGCCAAGACUCUGCAUAAUCGCAUCAACACCAAUAUCUCUCAAUUGCUGCAGCGAUUCGAGAACAUCAUGGCGACCGCGACGGUCAACAACACCAGCCACACAGCCACUGCUGUCGAGACCUACCAGCUGGACGUGGAAUCGACCGCACUAAUCCGCGCUGCCGAGGAUAUUCUCUCAUUGACCCGAACCAUGAAGGAAAUGUGGCUAUUCGGCAAACUCGACGAAGUUGGUGAAGAUGAUCGGGAUGUGGAACGCCGCGAGAAGCUGGAAGAAGAUGUACUUGCUGUGCAAAAGGCAGUGGAAGCAGGUCAACUUUCGAAGCUGUCUCCCGAAUAA